AUGACACCCGAAGUAGCAAAUGACGGGCUGAACGCCAUGCUGGUGACUUUGCAAUCGCUCAUUCAGCGUUGCAUCCAUUUGAAGCAGAGCGAUCCAGAAGCCCUGAAGUUAUCGGAUGAAAUAGCUCAACGUGUGGCAAAAGACUUAAGGGUUUAUGGGGGGAGUGCUACAUCAUUCUCCCCUCAGCUCUUGUCCUGCGCAGCCAUUGUGCGACAAUACUCAAAGGGUGGCACCUUUCAAACAUUGCCUGACUGGAAGUCCGUGGUUGAUAAUGAUCCACGCAUCAAGAGCCACCCGCGUUUCCUCAAGACGGUGGAAUACCGCCCUCUCGUUGGAACCCCUGCCAUUAUGGAAGUUCAAGCCACCAGAUCGUCAUCGAUCAUUCAACCUCCCACUGUUCCGGCGGUUGACCAUGGUUUUAUCAAAGAAGCUCCCACACUGGCAGCAGACUUGACGCCGAUGACCCCUUUGCCGGCCUGUCUGGAGCUGGAACCGCUUACCCCUCUUGCUCCAUCGGUUGCUCCUGCGGCCCCUGAAACCGCCCAGUUCAAGCUCUUCGUGCCAGGCAACAUGUCGAAAAAGGCCAAGGUCACGCCACACCCGAGGAAUAACAAGAGAAAGGCGGAAGCAGACACAGACUCGGCGGAUACUCCCAGGUCGCCAAUUGGAGUCAUCAAACCGAAUCUCAAAAAAAUCAAGAAAUUACCAUCCCACAAUGAACAAGAUCAGCUACAUAAGAACAUUGGAACACCAGAGGCAAGUCCAGCAGUUCUUGUCUAUGAAUCGUCGAUGCAUCCGCCUCUGGCAAGCAAUUUCUGGGACGCAGAAACUAGGCCCAGCGAUUGGGGUCUUGAUUCAACAAUUGCCACAGCGGUGGAGGCUUACCUUGCAUUGUCCUGCUGGACAGGAAAGUCGGAUGCACGAGACUCGCUUGUGCGAAUUGUGACAAGACGAAGGUCACUUGCGCAAUCGACGGCAUGGGCGUCCGGGACAGGCUGCUGGCUGAAGCGGAAGCAAGGGCAGCGACACGAUCCGCCGAUCAUCCCAAGCGCUCCCGAUCAUGUAGUCCAGAAGCCUUCACCAGCUGUAUCGACCCUUCCGGCUAUACCAUUGUCCUCCCAUGUUAUGGAAGAUAUUGUCGAACAUAAUGAAUCUCGCCGGUCCUCAUUUGCAACGGACUUAGAUGCCAAGGCCCGACCGAUUAACUUCACACCAGCUCCUGUUGUGACGCCACUCUCAACUAUGCCCCUGUCGGCACCCAUAGCCGAUCCGGAGCAAGUCCGCCAGCCCGAAGCCAGCCAUCCAAUGGAGCAAGAGCCAACAGCAAGGGACAUUCUGCAGGCCAUCCGGGACCUUGGAAGUAAGUUCGACCUACUUGCCACCAAUGAGCAGGUGGACGCAUUGGAUGCGAAGGUUGAUUCGAUGGAGGAAGUCUUUGACCACCGGUUGGCAACAUUGGAGCAAUGCAUCAAUGCAUCUGAUGCACAUUGGAAGGCAAUGACAUUGUCGGUCGGACAUUUGACCAAUUGCAUCCGGGACCACAAAGACGACCCAGAAGCACACCGACUGCAAGUCAACACCACGGCAUAUGCACCUCCGCAGCAUUCAAAUGUCCAACUUCCUGGCGUGGCUUCCCGGUAUUGGCGGCUUUCAAGAUCUAGGUAUCUCCACCGUCGGCAGACAGUGGACACAUGCAUGGGACCCAUCGGUAGCGACGGGUGCGCCAGGUGA